GGGCGUUUUCGGGAGCCGGGCGUCCGAGCUGGAGCUGGAAAAGGCGCUGGCGGCCUCGGGGGGCACCUUGCCUCGAGCCAGGAGGCCUGCUGAACUAACAGAAUCCUUGGAUCCACUGAAAAUCCUUGUCUGAAUCCUACCCAUCCCCCUUCAGCAGACCCCUCUGAAAAUCACACUGUAGGCCCUGACUUGGUGAACGUGGCUUUCAAAGGCUAAAGAACAGCAGCAUCUCCGUGAGAAGUAGAACACUGAGCCAGCCUUGAGGCCGUUUUUGGCUCAUGACAACGCAGGGCUCUGGAUUCAAAUGGCGCUCCCUCAGCCAGUCGCCUGAACAGCACAGGAAAGUGGUGACACUGGAGAAGGAAGAGACUCAAGCUUUUGGCUUUGAGAUCCAGACCUAUGGAUUACACCACCAGGACACGAAAAGUGUGGAGAUGUUCACCUUUGUAUGCCGCAUACAUGAGAAUAGUCCAGCCCAGAUGGCAGGCCUUAAACCUGGAGAUACCAUCAUUGGUGUGAAUGGGCUGAAUGUGGAGGGGAUCCGGCACCGUGAGAUUGUGGAGAUCAUCAAGGCAUCUGGAAAUGUGCUCAGGCUGGAGACCUUGUAUGGCACAUCGAUUCGGAGAGCGGAGUUGGAGGCUCGUUUGCAGUAUCUCAAGCAAACACUCUACGAGAAAUGGGGGGAAUAUCGGUCGCUAAUGGUUCAGGAACAGCGCUUGGUCCAUGGGAUUGUGGUUAAGGAUCCCAGCAUCUACGACACCUUGGAGUCUGUGCGUUCCUGCCUGUACGGCACUGCCUUGGCCAGAGGCUCUACGCCUUUUGGGAUGCUCUUGCCAGGCGCAAGCAGCACAUACAGUAGUGUGGGCUGUGUCAGCACGGCCACUGACGAGAGCGAGGAUUCUGUCUACCAGACCUGCUUUUUUGACUCUGCCGAUUCCCUGGACAUUGUCUCUGCAGCUGCUCAGUCCUCUCGCCCCCGGCCAAUGCUGACCCGUAGCGCCAGUGUCAAAUGCCCCACCACCACCAGCAGCAAUGGAGUUGCCCGUUUCUGGGACAAAUCAUGCGAACCAAAGAACUCCCUGGCAACGCCAAGGCCCAGGAAGAGCAAACAUGGAAGUUUCCGCAAGAGGCUUCUGAAGUUCAUCCCUGGACUGAACCGUUCUCUGGAGGAAGAAGAGAGCCAGUUGUAACAAGACUUGUAUAGCGCUGGGGAAAUGGUGCUGGCCACCAUGGGAGCCUUCCUUUUCUAAUUUGGCUAUUUAUUUAUUUAUUUAUUUGACCAGCAAAAGGAUAUGGGCAUCCACCACGGUGGUUGAAAAGACUGGAGCUUCCAAGAAGACAUGAAUGUCAGCAGUCAGUCUGUGCUGCGUUUGGCAGCUGUUCUCCACUUUUACUUCAAGAUGUUUUUGGCCAACUAACCACCAUGAACAUUAGCCUUAUUGGCUGGUUCUUCUGGCAGUUGUUGAUCAAAACAUCUGGCAAGCCAGAGGUGUAGAACUUCUGCUGUAUGAGAUGCAGGUUGGGCUGGAUACAUCGUGGACCUUGAGACUGCUUGAGCAGCUUCACUUUUGCAGAAAGUAGCUCAUAGGCAUGGGGUGGGGAUGUGGGGGGGGGAGUUGACUCUUCAAGGAAACAGUGGGUUGGAAUAGAUAGGGUGGACCUCAAAAAGAUAUGUAGCAAAAAGUCAGGCCAAAAAAAAGCACAAGGCAUCGCACCUUUUUCUUCCAUACUUUUGGAGCACAAUGCCUUUCCGGAAUUGGAGUCGAUCAACGUAUUGAUGCUACUGGGCAAGUUCCUUGCUGUUGGGGUGGGGUUAGGUAGCUUCUAAAAAGGGUGGAACCUGGGGAAUAGAAAACUGCUUCCAGUUUUAAACCGCUAGGGACUUUAAAAAAAAAAUAGGAAUGUUUGGAAGACCUAUGAUUGUAAAAUCGUGGGUUUUGUUUUAUGAUUCAAAGGGCUAUUAGCAGAACUGGCAUGCUGACCUAGGGCAUGAAGUAGCAUUUGAUGUUUAGAGCUUCAAGUUUAAAUAAGAGGUAGGAUGGGAGAGUCCAGUUGUGGGAUUUGGUGGGGGAGGGAGGGUAGAGCACAUACAGAGCAGGGGUGGGUGUACAAGAGGAAGCCAUGAUGAUAAGGGGUGAAGUAGUGAAGAUAUCUCCGUACCUGGUUAAUUCACAGUGAAUCUGUCAAAGAACGAGGCCUGCAAAACCUUAAUGCUUUUCUGGAUCAGCCUUUUCUCUUUUCAGGCUGUAGCUCCUUUGACUUGGCUCUUUCCAAGCCACUUACGAGGGGCGUAACAUUAAGCCAGCAGGCAGCUGCACACUUUGGAGGCUCCAGCUUCCAUGGCAGCUAUCCUUUUAUUAUCUGUUGUGAGGACCUUCUAAUAUCAGAGUCUGAUUGAGACUGCAACGUAUGGGAACCCCCUCCCAUUUCUUUAGUUCCACCACCCGUUUGUGUGUGGAGCUGUGGUUUUUGAGCUGCCAAGCUCUAUCUGUAAUCUGCUCAGAGGAGUUCUCUUCAUGAGCCACAUCCUGCCUGUCUCACCACCCCAAGAGGCCGCAUUCCGUCUCCCCACAGGCUCUCUCCAGCACUUAAAAAACUCCAGAUGUGCUGACACUUUUUCCCCCUCCUUCUCGUUUAUAGAGCAGCUUUUGGAGAAGGAGGGGAGGAGCUGUUGUUGAAUGCAAGUUCUCCCCACCACUACUCACAGAGCACGAUUUAGAAGGCUUUCUGGCCAUAAGACCCACAGGGCCUGUCCAGAUUGUAAUAAAGCUGAUGUUCCUGCAACUGUGAAGGUGGUGUUGAUCUGGUGGAUAAACUGAUUGUCCCCUUUCAGAACUGAGAAACACACAAAAAGAAGAACGGCUAUGACUCACUUCAGGAGUGUAGACGAAUGUACCAUAUCUACUUUAAUUUUUAAAUGUGGAAUUAUUUUUUUUAAAUGUAUGAACCACUAUCAUGGGAUGUAUGUCAUGUGACUGCAGUGCACAAUUCUACAGAAAGCAGAAGACGUGAGAAAACUGGGGCAUUUCUCUAGUGUGAUUGUGGCCUAAGUCAAGCCUUCAGAAGGACAGAACUGUUCCUGGCUUGUUUUUUUAAAGCUUUACUUCUCUUCAGUGUAGUCUGGUCUUUGGUGAAAACCAUGGCUCAUAGCAACCAAAAAAAGUACUUAAUUUUUGCAACUGUAGCUCGACUUUAUCUCAGGAAAUAGCUACAGGAAGGAGAGGAGGGGAGGGACACCAUAUAGAGAAAAGAGGACAAUGGGGCAAGGUUUACACAAUUAUUGUGUCUUGAAAGGAGAUCCCACACCUUUAACUGAAAACAAAACAGAAUGAGGUGACAGGGCUGGUUGGUUCAGGUCAUACAUGCACAAAACUGACCCAAGCAAGAGGUUCAUGAGAAUAGGGGGUUUUUUUGUACACACAUUUCAGGUGUUACGUUUUGGAUAAAUACAACUUUUUUGCAUUUAGGUGGUGGUGCCCGUGUCUUUUUUGCAUCAGUUAUGAUGAGCAACUCUAAAACCACAAGGGUGCUUUGGAUCCAGAAGCUGUGUGAGGGCUCCUUACUAGACCUCGUGGUUUUUUCUGCUUCACGGGUAGUUUCUUGUGCAAAUAAAGUCUCAAGAGUUAA